AGAAGAAGAAGAAGAAGUUUGACGAGCCGUCCCGUGCGUGAGAUACCAAAACGAAUGUUGAAAGAGAACGUCCGAUGGCGGUAGAUUUGACUCCUCGGUUUAGAAGAUUAAACAGUCAAACGCGAAGUUUUCGUGAAAAUGUGCUGCAUGUACAACAAGGUUACUCCGGGCCCUUUGGUGCCACACAGCUAUGGCACAACAUAAUCCAUGCACUAAAGACACAGGUGGAGGUGCGCCACUGCCGGAGACAUCUUCGUGUUCAUGCAGACUGCUUCAUGGGCUCUGAUGCUGUGGAUGCGGUCCUCAGUUUUCUGAUGCAGAAUGUAGUGUUUAGCACAAGUGAAGUGUCUCGUCUUAAAGCUGCACGCCUGUGUCAGGCUCUGAUGGAAGCCAAAGUCUUUGAACCUGUAGGAACAAAGCUGUUUCACAAAGGAAAGGAAGUUUCCUUUGAGGAUAGUACUUCAAGCCUGUAUCGAUUUAUGGAGCCUUGCACCACCAUAGUGGACACAGACACUGAAAAUGUACAGCCACGAGAGCUUGAGACGAAGUGGAACAUGAGCUACAGCCCGUCCGAAAUAAGGACCAUUUCAAAUCCUAUUGCUACUGGCCCAUUUGAAAGGAGAAUUCAUAGGCUACUGAGGACUAUAAGCGUCCAACUGCCCAUUUCACCAUCUCAAGGCAAAAGGAGCACAACCACCUUACUUUCCAAAGCUGUGGUGGAAGAGGUUUGGAAGCAGCAGACCCUCCUUCAGCUUUUACAGACUGUUGAAGUGCCUGUUCUGGACUCCAUUUUGAACUCUCCUCCCAGGGUUCAGCGUCAGACCAGCCUGGCACCACUGUCCAAACAAGACCUUGUUAUCUCCAACACAUGCUUGGAGAGGGAACUGAUGGAUACCUUAAACCUUCCCCAGCUAGAUGAGUGGCUGUCUGCUGCAGCAGACCUUCUUGAGCUCUUUCCUGACCAACUGAUAGUGGCUGCAGGAGAGCAGCUUAGUCAACAAUAUGACAAUGUGUUUGCAGAGUAUAAAGAGCAGUUGACAAACCAAAAGAGAGUUCUUUUUGACAUAAUUUCAAAGUAUUACAAUGGACAAGAAAAAAGCCCCCUUAUCCCUGGACGCUAUCUGGACAUACAUAUUGCCAUUCUACAAUUGAUAAAUGAUAACAAAAUUGAGGACGCCAUUAAAGCCUUCCAGUUAUGUUUUCGACUUCUUGACACAAGUGUAAGAGAUGAACUCAAAAGACUGGUGACAUUCAUGGCCACUGCAGCUCACCCAGAAGCCUGUUGUCUACAGAAACAAAUGGAUAAUAAGACCCUUGUUUGCCGAACAUUUCAGAAAGCAAUUGUACAAAAUUAUAAGCUUCACCAAUCUCAAACUGAGGCUUUGCUUUUGUUUUUAAUAUCUAAUCAUACUGAGCUCUUCAAGAUUCCUAAAUCUGUUAUUGACGGUGUGAGAGGAACACUGAGAAAGAUGCAGCAGGGAGAAGAUCCAGAUACUCUCCCGACUUUCACCUUUUGCCAGCAGAUGACAUCAGAGGAGUAUGAGGACCAAUGUGAGGCUGCCACUCUUGAAAGCCUCAAGAUGCUUCUUCACAAUAUUUCAAUGAACAAGAAAAUGCCAGCCAAACAAAAGAAACGGUUACUCAAAGAGUUUGAAAAACAUCAUCCUGUGGUCUUUCUCCAGCAUUUCCAAACUACUUUCUGAACACCAUUUUUAAUUUUUGGUAAACCUUUCCAGGUAAAAGCCUGGCCAAUUUAUCUGGGGAGAUCUGUAAGCCCAGUGCUCGUAUUCAAAAUGUCUGGAGAAAUAAUAUGUAUAAUACAUUCUGUUUGUUUUACUAAUUGUAUAAAAUUCUUAUCAUUUUCUGGAAUAAUAAGAAAAAUAUAUUUCUAAUCAUGACUAGUUUGAUAAAUAAUGGACUAAUGUUUUUUUCUCUGCAUUACAGAAAUUAUGGUGAUCAUACUAAUGUAGCUUGAGCGUAACAUCUAUUAUAAAUAUUGUUCUAACAUUUGAAUUACACUUAAUUAAAGCAAAAUUAAUUUUUGCUUACAUAUUCUACAUGUAUUAUUUUGUUUUUGUGGUUACGCUUAGCUGAUUCUGGUUGGUAGAAUCAUGUAAUCAUGAAUCAAUGUACCUUAACAGCUGCUUAUGUUACACAUAGUUGAAUCAUUUCAGUGGCUGAUUAUGUAAUAUGAAAUAAAUUAUAUGAAAUAUUUUCC